AUGCCUUUGUCGGACUUCCUCGCGGUGGGGCAGCACGACUACUUCGUCACUUUUGUCGUUCGGAGCUGCGUCUCCUUAAGCUUCUGUUUUCUGGGGACACUCGUAUGGCUUGGCUGGGACGAUUCUGUAGCGUCGCUGUACGCACUGAGAAAGGUCUUCCAGUCGCCUGCCUCACCGCUUCGUCCUUGCACGUCCUUCGAAAACAGAGUCUCGAAUGAAUUGGACAAGGCAAGGGUGGCGCGAUUGCAGCACGUGGCGGACUCGAUGCUGAUACCCAUUUCGGCGGGUAUAUUUGUGCCGUUAGCGAUGUUCUUCUAUGCCGCGGAUGCUUCCGAACCGAGUGUUGCUUUCAAGGCGGUGAUCAUGUGUUUGCGUCAUUUCGCAACGCUGUACUGGAAGUACUUGAGAAGUUCAUCAGGCUUUUCGGUCGCGGACAUAGAGUACAUGUUUAGAUUCUUCAUGUCGUUCAUUGCGGUACGAACGUAUUUUGAAGAGUCACACGUGCUGUUCUGCAUGUAUGGCGGUUUCUGGAGCGCGGCACGACUGCUUCUCGCGGUCUCGUUACUUGAUUGCAGGAUGUCGGUGAGGUGGAACAUAUUUCUUUCUGCAGUGAAUUGCCUUUCUUCCUGGGAGCGGCGCGAGCAGCUACGCAUCGACGGACACUCUUCCACGGGCGCGUUCGUCCACCAAUGUAUGGUUGAAAUGGUUUCUUGUGGACUGAUCUGCUUUGCCUCAGCAUUCUUGGAGGCUUGCGAGAAGGACCGCGUCAAGGCAUCCGUAGAGUCCAGCCAGUCUGGCAGGGCGUAUCAGGCAGCUCAAACACUGCUUGGUGUAUUCUGCGACGCCCAGCUGCGCAUCUGCCCACAAUGUAACAUCAUCGCCCAUUCCCCACACCUGCUGCACUUGCUGGGCUCAGGAGGCACGAGGCACAACGCUUCAUGGUGCAGCUUCCUUCAGUAUUUGCUAGAACCCGACAAGCAGCGUUCCUGGACCUUCAUCCCGGGGCGACGGUGUUUCAGAGCGCUCUCAGGAACUUCUCGUCCAAGCGCACCGCCGCCUCAAUGGCCGAAGGCCGAGCUCGGCGAUAUUCUCCAUGGGCCCCACGCCAACCUCCACCCAGGUCACCUGCAGAAUGGGGGGGGGCGCACCCGAUCCCGGUGGAGCUGUUCCUUGAUCAACGAUCGGCCGACGAUGCCCAAGAGGACCGGCCCCCGAAUUCCCUGA